UUCGAAUAAUAUUUAAUUUUUUAUUAAAUAGAAUACUACAUUCGAAAUUUAGAUCAAAAUUAUUCGUGAACAUAAUUGAUGAUGCGCUACGAUAAUGUAACCUGUAAAUUUGUUUACUUCGAGCACACUGAAAAGUUGAUAAUAUGGGAGUUUGUAAGAAUCCUCAAAUAUUUGAAAAAUAUGUAAAAUGUUGCAAACUACUUAAUACAAGAAUGUUACCAAAUUAUCAGCAACGUUAUCUGUUUUAUUCGUCGUGUGGUUUUUCAACUUCGAACGACAAGAAACCACAAAGUCUUUAUCAUCAUUUGUACUCAAGAAUUUUAGCCUGCGGGCCUAUCACGGUUUCCGAUUAUAUGAAAGAAGUCUUAACACAUCCAACCGUAGGAUAUUACAUGAACAAAGAUGUUUUUGGCAAGCAAGGUGAUUUUAUAACAUCGCCAGAAAUCACGCAGUUAUUUGGAGAGAUGAUAGGUAUUUGGAUGAAAUAUGAAUCACAAAAAAUUUCAAAGGGUCCUUUCCAAAUUGUUGAAUUAGGUCCAGGUAGAGGAACUUUAAUUAAAGAUAUAUUAAGGGUGUAUAAACAAUUUAAAUCUCUAAAUAAUGUAACGGUACAUUUGGUCGAAAUCAGUCCUACUUUGUCUUCGAUUCAGGCAAAGAAUUUGUGUAAAACAAUUACAGAAUAUGAUGCAAAUAAGAAUGAAUUUAAAGAUAAUUCUGUCAAUUAUUACAAAGAAGGUAUUACAGAAGAUGAAGUAAAAAUAUAUUGGUAUUAUUCUGUUAAAGAUGUGCCUAAGAAUUUCAGUAUAUUUUUAAUGCACGAGUUUUUUGAUGCAUUACCGAUUCACAAAUUUCAGAAAACUGACAGAGGCUGGUGUGAAAUUUUAGUGGACAUAGUCCAAGGAAGCAGCGAAGAAAAAUUUCGUUACGUGUUGUCAAAUACAUCAACACCGGCUACUUUAUAUAUAUCGGCUGAUGAAAAGAGAGAGCAUAUUGAAAUUAGUCCAGAAACUUUAGUAAUAGUGGAUUAUAUAGCAGAUUUUUUAUGGGAACACGGUGGAUUUACCUUAAUUUGUGAUUAUGGUCAUAAUGGUGAUAAAACUGAUACUUUUCGUGGAUUUUUUCAACAUAAAAUACAUGAUCCACUAUUACGCCCAGGAACCGCAGAUUUGACAGCAGAUGUUGACUUUGCUGCUAUUAAAAAAAUUGCAGAAAAAGAUGAUAGACUGAUUGUUUUCGGACCAAUAAAUCAGUCAAACUUUUUACGAAACCUUGGAAUUGAUGUAAGAUUGCAAAUGCUUUUAAAAAAUGUUUCAGAGGAAAGAAAGAAAUCGUUAAAAUCUGAAUAUCAUAUGAUAAUGGAUGAAGAUAAAAUGGGAACGCGUUUUAAAGUUUUAUCACUAUUUCCAUCUAUUUUAAAAGAAUAUUGUGCAAAAAUACCAGUGGCAGGUUUUUAUUAGCCAUAAACACUACAAUAAAACGUUAUAUUAAACAUUUGUGUAUACAUAUAUUUAUUUUAAAUAAA